CCGUGAUAUCAACAAGCAUGGCUGUACAGAACAGUUCACUAUCCAAACUGCAGUCUUUGAAUGGUAUAUUUGCCAUUUAUAAGAAACAGGGUCCCACCUCCGCAGAUGUGUUAAACACACUGAAGAAGGCGCUUUUAAAAGAGGCAGGGGUUGCAAAUCCCAAUCCUCGCAAAAGGAAGAAGCAAGCUUUAAAAAUUGGCCAUGGCGGCACCCUGGACAGCAAUGCUUCUGGUGUACUUGUGGUUGGAAUUGGUGAAGGAACAAAGAUGCUCACUACAAUGCUUGCAGGAUCAAAGAAAUACAGAGCUGUUGGAGAGUUAGGCAAAGCAACUGAUACUCUUGACGCCACAGGAAAUGUUGUUGAAGAGAAGAGCUAUGAUCACAUCACAAAAGAGGCUUUUGAGGAGAAGCUGAAGCAGUUUACGGGUGAAAUUAUGCAGGUUCCACCUUUAUAUUCAGCACUGAAGAAGGAUGGCCAGCGCAUGUCUGUCCUGCUCAAGCAAGGCCAUGAGGUUGAGGCUAAACCUGCACGUCCAGUCACAGUGUACAGCCUUUCCUUACAAGACUUCAAUCCUCCGCAUUUCACCCUAGAUGUUGAGUGUGGAGGUGGGUUUUAUGUCAGAAGCUUGGUUGAUGAUCUUGCAAAAGCUCUAUCAUCCUGUGCUCACAUCAAGGAACUUACUAGGACCAAACAGGGUCAGUUCACACUGGAAGAGCACGUAUUGAAGGAGGAUCGCUGGACAUUGACAGACAUCUCACAGGCUCUGCAGCCCUGCCCAAAGCCAUCACGGCAAGAGAAGAAUGACAAGAAAGCAAAAUCAAAGCAUAACACCCAACCUGAAAGUGAGGGUGACGAUGGAGAUCAAAAUGAUUAAAGGUGAUGAAAGAACCCAACUCGUACACCAAUUACAUUCUUAGUGAGAGAACUGUUGGAAAUUGCCUGGUCCACUCUGAUUUGAUUUGGCUUCUGUUACUUAUUCAUGUGUAUUUAUCUUCAUGGCCAAGUGAGGAUAAAACAGGUGGUAUUGGUAUGUUCAAGCUGAUAGAAUUUACUACAGUGUGCAAAACAAAUUCAGUUAUCAUGUUGUUUCAGUUUAGUAACCACUUGACUGUAGUUCGUAUGGUGCCAAGAGAAAUAAAAUAUCACUGUUUUGAUUAUAGAUUUUGUUAAGUUGAAGCUGCACUGUUAUUGAAGUGAUUAAACAACAUUUGGCACUGUCAUUUUUAAGCUAUGUAAGCCCAAGUGUGCCAUAGGUAGAUGGCAUUUUCUUUCUUUGUAUUUUUUUUUUACACAUUGACAAGCUAUUAAAGUUUAUUAUGGAUUAAUAAUGCACCUGAAUUCACUUAAUGAAAAAAGAAAAAUAUACUUGAAAAUAAAGUUAUUUUGGUUUGUUAAUGAA